UGGUGACAUAUGACAUUUUAGAGCCAAUAAGAUCUUGCCUUGAAAUAAAAAUUAGGGUUGGCUUAAACAAUUUAAAUACUUGCAUUUGUUAAAUUUACAUUGAUCCAAAAUGGCGAUGGCAUUCCGCAAUAUGCUGAGAACUGCAGCAAGAAGGAUGCAAGUCCGAGGCUAUGCUGAUGCGCCGCGGGGAGAUGAAAUGGCUUUAACGUUUGCUGCUGGUAAUAAGGUGUUCUAUGACAAGCAAGUAGUCAAACAGAUUGAUGUGCCAUCCUUCAGUGGUUCUUUUGGUAUUCUACCCAAGCAUGUACCCACCCUAGCUGUGUUGAGACCCGGUGUGGUCACAGUUGUCGAAAACGACGGCAAGCAGACUAAAAUAUUUGUAUCGUCUGGUACGAUCACCGUCAAUGAUGACUCCUCAGUACAAGUCCUGGCCGAGGAGGCUCAUCCAUUGGAGAGUUUGGACCGUAGCGCCGCACAGGAGGCCCUCAGCAAAGCCCAGUCUGAACUUAACUCUGCUGCUAAUGAAAAGGCAAAGGCUGAAGCUCAAAUUGCAGUAGAGGUGGCGGAGGAGGUUGUGAAAGCUGCCAGCGCAUAGUCACCAGUCACCAGUCAGUGUUAGUGCUAAACUAUUUAAUGUUAAACCAUAAAUAAACGACAAGUUCCAUAGUC